AAUCACUAGUGGCACAGACGUUUAGGACAUCGUGAUCCUGAGGCAAUUUUGGAAGCAGAAAGACAUAAGCUAGUGAACGGUAUCAAGAUUCAUCCAUGUGGUAUCAAGGCAAUUUGUGAAUGCUGCAUAGAAGGGAAGAUGACAAGAAAACCGUUUCCAAAGCAAAGCAGAAAUUUAAAACAAUCAUGGAUCUCGUACACAGCGACCUGUGUGGACCGAUGAAAACGAAGACUGGUGGUUCUUUCACCCUCAACAAGACUUUAUAUCGCUAGAUAAUGUGAAGGGUACAUCCACAGCAAUAAGAAAGCAUGCAGUCUGCGUGGGACGAUGAUGAGUAUGCUCUAUCGCAUAUUAUACCCAACUGUCUUGCAGUGACUAAAAAAUAAUGUGAAAAUGAUCAGCGAAAUUGAAAUCAGCGAAUGUAACGACAAUGUCUCACAUAAUUUAAGUGGGAAUUGUUCGCAGAAAAAUGAAGAAUCGCGCUUGCAAUCCGGAAUGCUCUUUGUAGAGAACGAACAGAUGUUUCGAAAAACCGUAUCCGACGACGAGUUUGAUUUCGAUUCAGCCUUCAGUUCCGAAUCGAACAACAUGCUGUCAGAUGAAAGCACCAAUGAAGUUGGUGCCGUUGGAAACGACGAAGGCACCGAAGACUGCGAAAGACUACGGUCACUGGAGGACGAACACGAGGCAUUGUCAUCAAACCUGAUAGCACUCACAUCACACUUUGCCCAGGUUCAGCUAAGACUACGUCAAAUAGUAGAAGCGCCUCCAGAAGAACGCGACAACCUUUUGAAAAAUCUUGAAGAGUUCGCCUUCUUGGGUAUACCAGAGAUGCAACAAGACCCGAUAAAAAGGAACAUUCCAGAAAUUGUCGCAGAUUUGGACAGAAGUCCCGAGUCGGUCGAACAUCUCCGUGAAAAGCAACAUGCAUUGAUAGACCAGCUCAAAACCCAACUGAUUGAUUUAGAAAAGUAUGCCUACGAAUCCGGAGGUGGCAUUCUUCCCCAUACCAUCCUUCUCGAGAAGCAAAAAGUCAUUAUUGAUGAGAUCAAGAACAAAAUCAACCUGAACCUGAAUGAGCUUGAUUUACCACAGUUAACGACUGAGGAUCUAAGGAAUCAAGUUGAUACAGCCCUAGACGAGCAACUGGUCAAUCCGCUUAAAAUGAAGGAGCAAUUAGUAUCACAGCUCAAGACACAGAUUCAAGAUCUGGAACGCUUCAUUAGUUUCCUCCAGACUAACGAAAAAGAAGAAAUCAAAAAGCGCUUCUACCAACAGCAAGAACUAGCUAAAGCCGAAGCAGCCGAGCGCACCGAAGCCCAGGAACGGGCCAAAUCGCGAUCGAUUUCUUCUCACAGCAGCAAAGAAAUGAAAGCAAACAACCAAGCCGGUGAGCGCGAACCCGGCCCGCAACGAGAAACAUUCAACACCAAAGCGUUUGGACUCAUGGACAAAGCCAGUACGAUAUUGCAGAUGUUUGCCUUAUCGCAGUUUAAUUGCGGCAGCGAACGCAAUCGGGAGAGCUUCCAGCGAAACAUGAUGAAAAGAUCGAAAGAGAACUGUUGGGGUGACAUACGAGCGAAGCUGGAAAUGGACGUGCAGGAAGUGACUUCGUUGGCUAUGGGUACCCAAGAAGAUUUCCAACUAUCGGAAACAGCGAGUGAGUGUGGAGAACCUCGAACUGGGAGCAGUCGUAAAAACUUCGAACUGACCAUGGUGGUGAGGAAACAACUGUCCAAAACUAUCCAAGGAUUGAUGCAACAUGGCCUGAGAGGAUUGGCAGAAAGUAGUGGAAGUCUUGUUCCAUUCAUUUCUGGUUGCUUCUCCGGUGGAGACCAUCAAAACCAGGGACUUCCGAAAGGUGGUGGCGAAGAGCGUUUCUAUGGCGGAGAUAGAAGGAAAAGUACUGGUGGUUUGAAUAAAGCGGCUACCACACCUCCAAAGCGCCAUUCAAAUUCAGUGGACGAAGAAGAACCUAUUGAGAUGAAUCUGUUCACACAACUUGAAGAAGACGAGGACGACGAGGUGGAUUACAGUGGCGCAGUCAGCUCGGAAAUGCAUGCUUGGGAGUUGUUGCUACUGUACUACAAUAUCAAAAACGGCGACCGAUACAAUUCUACGCCCGCUAGGAAACUCUCCGAGAGCUUCAAUCUCGAUUUGGUUGACGGACGGCCACAGUCAAAUAAACAGAGUCUGUUGAGUACGAUCGGUACAAUCAUCGCUCUACAUAACCCAUACAAAAGAAGCUACAACUCACAAUUCAAAGCUUUUAUAUGUGCCGCACUGAACGCUCAAAAACUCACGCAAUGGCUCUAUCUGAUUUACCAAUGCAAGGAGCUGAUCAGUUCUUACUACACGAGCUGGAGCUAUGUUGCCAACACGGGAUUUCGCGAUGCACUGAAAACGCUCGAUCGUCUGACGCAGUACCGGUUCGAUUUACCAGUGGACCUUUCUGUACGACAGUUCAAAAAUAUUAAGGAUGUUUUUAUGUAGAACCGUUUCCGUUCAACCCCCUUUCUACAAAUCGAAUCAAUAGUCUUCUCAAUCAACGCAACACUGGUACAGGGGCUUAUUCUACAACUUGGAUGAAAAGUUCAGGGCGUCGUGAAGAAACAAGACACCUUAAUUCACUUCUUAUGUAGGAUAAACCGAAAAGUUGUUUUACUCAGAGUCAAAACUACGAACAUUCCGUUCAAACAACUUGCCUAAAAACUAGUCUAGUAAGCACCACGCUAUUUGAAACAAGCACAUUCCAUUCUAGAUCUUUGAGACUAACAAACUCCCGAGCUUAUUCUGACGAAUAUGUAUUUAACACAACUAUCUUAUUCUUCUCAAAUCAAUCAUUUCCAUAUGACAAUUCCACAAACAUCUUAUUGAAGAUAAAGGGCAAACAUGCGUAGGUGAUAGAAAACUGAAAUCGGUUGCAGCCAUAUCAAAUUUUCGAAAUUUGAAAGUGCGUAUUGAUUUGUUUAGAUAAUACAAAACCAAGUGUUAAAAGAGUUUAUUUCUCCUCUAACUCUAGUCAGAUUGUUAUUACAAAUUAGUUCAAGAAAGAAGUUAUAAAAAGAAGAAAAAAACAUUUUUUUCCAUCAAAUAUGUACCAAUGGUGUAAUAUUUAAUUAGACUAAAAAAGUUCGUUUCUCGCUCACUUAUUUCAGAAGCUGCAUGGGUGGUAAGUGGGUUGUCCGACAUUUCGCGGUUUACCAUUUCGCGGUCUGUAUCAUUUGGCGGUAAUCUGUUUCGCGGUUUAUACAAUUUGGCAGUAUCCCGUUUCGCGGUAUUCAAGCUUAGCUUAUCUUUUUAACUUUUUUUUUAUAUUUUUAAGAGUUUUCCAUUCUUUUCUACCAAUUCUUAAUUUUCUCUUCUUUAUAUGGCCGUUUCUUUCAUUGCGUUUCCCUUUCAAGUAUUUUUCUCUUUCCUUUUACGGAUUAUUUAAUGUUAUUUUCAAAAGUCAAAAUGAUAAUUAGAUGUGUAAACUUUGUCAUCAAGAUACACUAUUUCAUAUGAUAAAGGUCGCUGCCUUAAUACCUUAAAAGGCUAUGGUAUUCUGGUAGAACUUAGAAGAUGGAAUGACUGAAAAUUAUUCAUAAGGCAAUAAGGUAUCUUCCUUAAAUGUUAGCCGGUAUUAGGCGAAAUACCAUGUGCUGUCUUCUUCAAAUGUUCGCAUUUGCCCGGUAUAAGACAAAAUGUGUUGUUUCCUCUUCUUUAAAUGUUUGCAUUUGCCCGGUAUAAAGCAAAAUGUUAUGUUUUGCUUCCUUUAAAUGUUUGCAUUUGCCCGGUAUAAGGCGAAGUGUGUUGUUUCGCAUUCUUCACAUACCGUCGUCGGGGGUGACAAUGGGUCAAAUGGGGGUGACAAUGGGUCACUGUUUUAACCACUUAGAAUGCUUGUAGAUUGGAUUGAAUGCAUCUGGAGGCAAGAAGACUAAAACGUAAGAGAUCUUUUUGGACGAUUUUGCUCUUCGACCUUCAGACCGCCGGUGAAAGCGAUGACCAAUUCUCACUCCCAGACCCAUUGUCACCCCCGGUGCGGUGGCGGUAGUCGUAUUUGCAAAUUUGUUUUGCUUAAAAAAAAUUUAGUAGGGAUUUGAAUUUAUAUAAGUCUGGUGUAAACUCAAUGAUUAUUCGCUUUACAUGAUAAUUAGGUGAAUUUUGAGGCUUUUAUUGAACUACUUGUAACAUUUGUAAAAUUAAACCUGCAAAUUGGUAUUGCCUGAUUUUGUAAAAAUUGCACGCGGCGAACCCUUCAUGAAAGGUACCGCCGCGCUUUCUGCACCCCGUUUACUUGAUUCUUAUGGGUGAAUAGCAUUGCGGUGUAUCCUUUGGCGCGGCCGUACCUUUCGACAGUCAUUCGCCGCGUGAAGUUUUGUGCAAGUACCCAUUUGGGAACACUACAAACGCCGCGCAGUGUGUCAUAUCCAGAAAAUCUGACAAUAUUGACCGCGAAAAGUUUCACCGCGGAAUAGUAUACCGCCAAAAAAUAUAAACCGCGAAAUGUUAUACCGCGAUAUGAUACUGAACGCGAAGUGGUUGACCGAGAACUGGUGCACCGUGAAAUGGUUAACCGCGGAAUGUUUUACCGCGAAAUGUCAUACAAUCUUUCUUAUAUACAAGGUACGCAUUGCAGUUAGUUAUCCCAAGAACUACACUUGUAGUAACUCAGAGACGAGUAUCCACAACGUAUGAACGAAUAAAUCAAGUCAUAAAUCAGUUUAAAUUGUGUUACUCGUGUAUGUAGAACCACUCAAGCGCUAAAAGUUCAUCCUUGAUCAUAUUUAUAAAAUCAGCUUCUGAAAUUUGAUAUUGUUUCACGGGUAUAUUUUAGUCAGAUUCAAUAUUACAGCACUGCUAAAAAUACACUAUUGGAGUCCAUAUUUCACUAGUAAUAACCCUAGGUUGAUCAUAUUGGUAAAUGUGCGAAAGACUUCUUUUGAAAUAUGUAGUCCAAUACAUUUUCACUAUAUACCCAGCACUAAAUGCGGAUUGUUAUAGCUAAAAGACAGAUAAAUGAACCAGAAGUGGAGAUUUGUUUUGCUAAACUUAGCCUACAUAAUAAUCAAGGAAGCAAACAAUACCAACAAUAAAGAAACAAUAAUAUACUGAAUCUAUGAAAAUGUGACUUGUUGGAAGACGAUUGAGAAUAAAAUGAAAGAUGGAAAGAAUGUUGAAGUAAUGAAAAGAAUACAUAUGUUCGAAACAGUUAGUGAAGAUUGCUAUACACCUAAUAAAGUUACAAUAAGAAGGAGGCCGCAAACCAAAUGUUUUAUUUGAAACUGA